AUGGGAAAUUUAAUACGAAAACCUGGUGAAGAUUACAUAAUUUUAUCUGAUGAUAUAUUAAAUCGUUGUCGUACAAGGGCUGGUUUUAAAGAUGAUGAAAUUCGUAAUGAACAUAAAAAAUUUUUUUCUAUUGCUCAAGAUGGUCGUUUAAAAAAAUCUCAUAUGGAAAAAUUAUUGGGUGAUUAUUUACCAAAAGCAAAAGCUCAACACUCAAAAUAUUUUAGUGAUUGUGUUUUUUCAGCUAUUGAUACAAAUAAUGAUGGUUAUAUUGAUUUUCUUGAAUAUUUAAUGAGUAUAAAAUUUUUUCGAACUGAAUCACCAAUUGAAAAAGCUGAUCUUGUAUUUCGUAUUAUGGAUACAAAUGCUGACAAUCAGGUGUCAAAAGAAGAAAUUGAACGUUUACUUAAAUGUUUACAAGAACUUCAUAAAUCUUUAACGAAUGAUCCUGCUAUAGAUGCAACUAGUGAUGGUUCUAAAUCAGCAGCUCAUGAAAUAUUUGAAAAAUUAGACGAGGAUAAAUCAGGUUUCAUUGGUAUAUCAGAAUUUAAAGAUGCUUGGCUUAAAAAUGAAACUAUUCGAGCUUUAUUUAAUUUUUAA